AGAACCUCUCCUUCUAAGUUCUUCAACACCCGUCCACAACGCCAUUCCCUGGACAGUAUUCUAUCACCAACGCGAUCGGGUCAUUGCACCUAGCUACUGGGAACAUUCUUGAGGCAGCAUAAGGCUCCCUCCUUUGUGCUCUUACUCCCCUCCUGGGUUGGAGUCUGACAACAUGGCUCCACGCUCAUCUCGCGCAAGUGGCGCCGAUACCGAUACCUCUAUGGCGGAUGAACCCAUUCGACAGCUUCCAGUUGACCCAAUGGAUGUCGACGAGACUCCAGAUUUUACAGAAGACUCCGAUACCAAUCCAAACACCACCGCCAGCAGUGUUGUCGGUGAGCCUCUCAACACCGACGGGCGCAAGCGACGUUCCGAGGCAACCCAACUCCGUAGAAGUGUUUUUGGAAAAAAACACGAUAUUCUUGGCGAAUCUAAGGAAGAUGACUCCAUCAGACGUUUUCGAUAUCUCCUUGGCUUAACCGACCUCUUUCGACAUUUCAUCGAGACAAACCCCAAUCCACGCAUUAAGGAAAUCAUGAUUGAGAUCGAUCGCCAGAAUGCGGAAGCUGAAAAGGCUAAGAAAGGCCGUGAUAGACAAGGAGGAGCUGCGAAUGAGAGACGUCGCAGAACCGAGGCUGAGGAAGAUGCAGAGCUGCUGAAGGACGAGAAAGCUGGUGGCUCUGCCGAGACAGUAUUCCGAGAUUCCCCAGGAUUCAUCAAAGGUGGUGAGAUGCGUGAUUACCAAGUUGCUGGUCUCAACUGGCUCAUAUCUUUGCAUGAGAAUGGUAUUUCUGGUAUUCUCGCAGACGAAAUGGGUUUGGGAAAGACUCUACAGACAAUUGCCUUCCUUGGAUACUUGCGACAUAUCAUGGGUAUCACAGGCCCGCAUCUCAUUACCGUCCCAAAGUCGACACUUGACAACUGGAAGAGAGAAUUUGCGAAAUGGACCCCAGAGGUCAAUGUUCUGGUCCUCCAGGGAGCCAAGGAUGAGCGUCACAAUUUGAUUAACGAGCGUCUUAUCGAUGAGAAGUUCGAUGUCUGCAUUACGAGUUACGAGAUGAUUCUGCGAGAAAAGGCACAUUUGAAAAAAUUUGCUUGGGAGUACAUUAUAAUUGACGAGGCCCAUCGCAUCAAGAACGAGGAAUCGUCUCUUGCGCAAGUUAUCCGCUUGUUCAAUUCUAGAAAUCGUCUGUUGAUUACGGGCACGCCUCUUCAGAACAAUCUCCACGAACUCUGGGCCUUGCUCAAUUUCCUCCUUCCUGAUGUUUUCGGUGAUGCUGAGGCUUUCGAUCAGUGGUUCUCAGGUCAAGGAGAAGACCAGGAUACUGUCGUCAAGCAACUGCAUCGUGUGCUUCGUCCCUUCUUGCUCCGACGUGUCAAGAGCGACGUUGAGAAGAGUUUGCUUCCUAAGAAGGAAAUCAACCUGUAUAUCGGCAUGUCUGAAAUGCAAGUUAAGUGGUAUAAGAAGAUCUUGGAGAAGGAUAUCGACGCUGUCAAUGGAGCAGGCGGAAAGCGCGAAUCGAAGACGAGACUUCUCAACAUCGUUAUGCAGCUUCGAAAGUGUUGCAACCACCCUUACCUCUUCGAAGGCGCCGAGCCUGGACCUCCAUACACCACCGAUGAGCACCUCGUUGUCAACGCAGGCAAGAUGGUCAUGCUCGAUAGACUUCUUGUCCGACUAAAGAAGCAAGGAAGCCGAGUUCUGAUCUUCUCUCAGAUGAGUAGAUUGUUGGACAUUCUUGAGGAUUAUUGUGUCUUCAGAGAGUUCAAGUACUGUCGAAUCGAUGGUGGUACAGCUCACGAAGACCGUAUUUCAGCAAUUGACGAGUACAACAAACCAGACUCGGAGAAGUUCAUCUUCCUUUUGACGACUCGAGCUGGUGGUCUUGGAAUCAAUUUGACCAGCGCCGAUAUUGUCGUCCUGUAUGACAGCGAUUGGAACCCGCAGGCGGAUUUGCAAGCUAUGGAUCGUGCUCAUCGCAUUGGUCAGACUAAGCAAGUCGUCGUUUACCGAUUUGUCACAGAAAACGCCAUCGAGGAGAAGGUGUUGGAGCGUGCUGCUCAGAAGCUUCGUCUUGACCAGCUGGUCAUUCAACAAGGUCGUGCACAGAUCGCUGCAAAGGCAGCCGCCAACAAGGAUGAGCUGCUCAACAUGAUCCAACACGGUGCCGAGAAGGUCUUCAAUUCCAAGGGAGGAACCGGCGCUCUCGCGGAGAAGGGUGCUGAGCUUAAUGAUGAUGAUAUUGAUGAGAUUCUCAAGCACGGAGAGAAGCGUACUGCCGAGCUCAACGCCCGUUAUGAGAAGCUCGGUAUCGAUGACUUGCAGAAGUUUACUUCCGAAUCUGCUUACGAGUGGAACGGCCAAGAUUUCACUAGCAAAAAGAAGGAGAUCGGUAUUAACUGGAUCAACCCUGCCAAACGUGAGCGGAAGGAGCAGUCAUACUCCAUGGACAAAUACUACAAGCAGGCUUUGUCGACUGGCGGUCGCACCGCUGACACAAAGCCAAAGGCUCCCCGAGCACCAAAGCAAAUCACUGUCCACGACUAUCAAUUCUUCCCUGGUAUGUUGCGGGAUCUUCAGGAUCGCGAAACUGCCUACCACCGCAAGGAAAUCGGCUACAAGGUUCCCCUUCCUGAAGGACCAGAUGAUGACUUGUCAGAUCGCGAAGCUGAACGUGCGUUGGACCAAGCAGAGAUUGACAAUGCUACACCACUCACCGAGGAGGAGCAAGAGGAGAAGCAGCAACUCUCUCAGCAAGGAUUUGCUGAUUGGAAUCGCAGAGACUUCCAGCAAUUCAUUAACGGUUCUGCAAAGUACGGCCGAAAGGACUACGAGCAAAUUGCCGACGAGGUCGACAGCAAGACUCCUGAAGAGAUCAAAGCUUAUGCAAAAGUUUUCUGGCAGCGAUACACUGAAAUUGCUGAUUACAGCAAAUAUAUCAGCUUGAUUGAGGCUGGAGAAGAGAAGACCAGGAAGAUGGAGCAUCAGCGAAAAAUGCUGCGUAAGAAGAUGCAGCAAUACCGUGUUCCUCUUCAGCAGCUGAAGAUCAACUAUUCGGUCUCUACAACAAACAAGAAGGUCUAUACCGAGGAGGAAGACCGAUUCUUGCUUGUCUUGCUUGACAAAUAUGGUGUCGACAGCGAAGGAAUUUUCGAACGCAUUCGUGAUGACAUUCGCGACAGCCCACUCUUCCGCUUCGACUGGUUCUUCCUUAGCCGAACCCCGAUCGAGAUCAGCAGAAGAUGUACCACAUUGCUCACGACUGUUGCACGAGAGUUCGAGGAUGCAUCUGCUCCGAAAGGUGCGAAUGGCACUACCAAUGGUAAAGGCAAGAGAGAGCCGGAUGAUGAUGAGAAUGAUGAAGAUAGCGUUCUUGGAAUGGCACCGGCAAAGAAGAAGUCUAAGAAUGGUGUAAAGAACAAGGCACUUGAUAACAUCAAGUCUGGUGCAGGCAGCAAGGCGACUUCCGCUGCUCCUUCUUCCAGAGCGUCAAGUGUCAUGUCAACCGCAUCGAGCCCCGCACCUGUCUCGAAGGGCAAAACAAAGGGCAAAAAGAAGUGAUGAGUGUGCUUAUUAUGACCGCUUUCUUUUCUCCAUGUAAUGGUCAAAACGGUGGGAAAGGGGCGUAAAUAAGAAUUUCUGGCAUCAUUGUAUGGCGUAUUAGAGGUUGUGAGGUGGAACCGUUGAUUUGGGUCGUACCGACGGGAAACUCUACAUUGAAUUGCUCUCGUAUUGCUGAUAGAGGGAAAGAGAAAAAUGCCAUGUUUUUCAUAAUGCCUUAGUGCCAUGGAGUGCCGGUGCGGAACUACUAGAUGACUUCUCUGAUUCACAAUUCAUCUAAAGCAUCUUUCGAAGUGUCC